AUGAAGCGCCUUUCACAGAUAUUCGGCUCCAAAUCCAACAUUGACAGAUCUGAGGGAGUAUCAAAGACACAGAGCGCGUAUCAAUCAUGCAAAGUCGAAGACAGAGCCAUUGACGAGCACCGCCCAUUGCGAGUGAUCGUGAUUGGUGCUGGGAUCUCGGGAAUUCUUUGUUGCAUUCGCAUGAACCAACGUAUUCCAAAUUUGGACCUAUGCGUAUAUGAGAAAAAUGCAGAUAUCGGAGGAACAUGGUUUGAGAAUCGGUAUCCUGGAUGCGCCUGUGAUAUCCCGGCUCAUGCCUACCAGGCCAGCUUCGAGCCGAACAAGGCUUGGUCUAGCUUCUAUGCCAAAGCACCGGAGAUUCAUCGGUAUUGGAAAGGCAUUGCCGAGAAGUAUGGUUGUAUGAGCUCCAUCAAGUUCAAACGUCAAGUGUCUGAAGCAGUCUGGGACGAGGAAACCUCCAAGUGGCAUGUCAAGAUUCAAGACUUGGAAACUUCAUCGACAAUCACCGACGACUGUGAUGUUGUGAUCCAAGCAACAGGAACACUCAACAAUUGGAAAUGGCCGGCAAUUCCUGGCCUCAAAAGCUUCAAGGGAAAGCUCAUGCACAGUGCUUCAUGGGAUGAGAGCUAUGACUACAAAGGGAAGACCGUUGCAGUCGUUGGCAAUGGCUCAAGUGGAAUUCAAAUUGUUCCCGCGAUGCUGCCAGAUGUGCCUCAUAUUGAUCAUUAUGUCCGCGGUCGUACCUGGAUUGCGCCCUCAUUUGCGCGUGAGGAACUUGAGAAGCGUGGACCUGGUAUGGACAAUUUCCAAUUCACAGACGAGGAAAUCCAAAAGUUCAAAGCGGAUCACCAGUCCUAUCAGGUGUUCCGUAAGAACAUCGAAUUAGACCUUCAGUCUGUGCAUGGCAUUACCCUGACAGGUCAUCCGGCACAAGUUACUGCCCACGAAGUAUUUCUCGAGAAUAUGAAACGUCGCUUGGCGAAUAAACCCGAGUUGGUCGAUGACCUUGUGCCAGCUUUCCCGCCCGCUUGUCGUCGGCUCACUCCAGGGCCUGGGUAUUUGGAAGCUUUGAUGGACGAGAAGAUCGAUAUGAUUACUUCUGAAAUCGCCAAGGUGGAUGAAACUGGUAUCCUCACCGCCGACGGCCAACACCGACCAGUCGAUGUGCUUGUUUGUGCUACCGGGUUUGAUACUACAUUCUCGCCCAGGUUUGUUGUCAAGGGACGCGGUGGUGUGACCCUUUCCGAGAGAUGGAAGGAGACGCCCGAGACGUAUUUGUCGAUUGCGACCGACGGGUUUCCGAACUACUUCAUUUCACUCGGUCCAAAUGCCGGACUAGGUGAAGGGAGCCUGCUCUUGUUGGUAGAGAAAUCAGUGGAUUACUUCACAGCUUGCAUCCAAAAGAUGCAACGAGACAAUAUUCGUGCUAUCAAUGUUCGACGCGAGGCAGUCAAGCAAUUCACAUCUUACUGUGAUAAUUACUUUACAAACACGGUUUUCAGCAGCAAUUGUCGCAGUUGGUACAAAAGCGGUACUGAAGAUGGUCGAGUGACGGCUCUCUGGCCAGGGUCUUCCCUGCAUGCCAUGAAGGCCUUUGCACACCCUCGAUGGGAGGACUUUGAGUAUGAAUAUGUCAACGACAACGCGUUUGGCUGGCUUGGGGACGGUUGGACACAGAAUGAGAAGCGGAACACGAUCAAUGUCGAUUAUUUGGAUGACGAUCAGAUCGACUUCCCUCCGAUAGCCUCGUCAUAG